AUGGCACCAGACCUCAACUCAAUCGCCCAGAGCUUCGUCAAGGAUGGGAGAUGGGACUACUCGACGCCCGGGUCCGCGGGCUAUGACAUCCCCGACAUCAUCCUGGACGACCCGGAAACGCGCAGGCUGAAGGUGCUGACCAUUGGCGCCGGCUUCUCGGGCAUCAUGCUGGCGUAUCACAUCCAAAAGAGCUGCGAAAACGUCGACUUCAAGAUCUACGAGAAGAACGAGGACAUUGGCGGCACCUGGCUGGAGAACAGAUACCCCGGAUGCGCCUGCGACAUCCCAAGCCAUGCCUACACCUACAAUUUCGCACUCAACCCAGACUGGCCGCGGUACUUCUCGCACGCGCCCGACAUCUGGAAGUACCUGGACAAGGUGUGCCAGGUUUUCGGCCUGCGCAAGUACAUGACGUUCGGCACCGAAGUCGUCGAGGCGCGGUGGCAGGACGACGCGGGCACGUGGCGCGUCCGGCUGCGGCAGAGCGACGGCGCCGGCAACGUGCUGCGCGAGUUCGACGACGAGUGCGACGUGCUGCUGUACGCGACGGGCAUCCUGAACAACUUCAAGUGGCCGGACCUGCCGGGCCUGCAGGACCGGUUCAAGGGCCGCGUCGUGCACACGGCGCGCUGGCCGCGCGACUACCGGGAGGAGGAGUGGGAGGGCGAGAGGGUCGCCGUCGUCGGGUCGGGCGCCAGUUCCAUCCAGACGGUGCCCAGCAUGCAGCCGUACGUGAAGCAUCUCGACGUCUUUGUGCGCACUGGCGUGUGGUUUGUCCAGUUGACGGACCAGGCUGGCACCACGGUUGAGUACAGCGACGAGGCGAAGGAGAAGUUUCGCCGAGACCCGCGGAAGAUGGUCGAGGAGUCCAAGGGAAUCGAGGACCAGGUCAACGGUAUUUUCGAGGUCAUGUACGACAAGGGCGAGAAGCAGGCCGAGGCGCAGGAGAAGAUGCGCGCUCGCAUGAAGGAAUGGAUCAAGGACCCGCGCCUCGUCGAGGGCUUCACGCCCAAGUUCCAAAUCGGCUGCAGGCGCGUCACCCCCGGCGACCCGUACAUGGAGGCCGUCACCAAGGAGAAUGUCGAUGUCCACUUCACGGCCGUGGAGCGGCUGACCGAGGACGGUGUUGUUGGUGCGGAUGGCGUGGAGCGCAAGUGCGACACGGUCGUCUGCGCCACCGGCUUCGACGUCACGUACCGCCCGCGCUUCCCCGUCAUCGGGCGGAAUGGUGUCGAUCUUGCGGAGAAGUGGAAGGAUGCGCCCGAGAGCUAUCUUGGAAUCACGGUGCCGGACAUGCCCAAUUUCUUCAUGUACAUCGGUCCGACAUGGCCGGUGGAGAACGGAAGCGUUGCGGGUCCGCUGGGCGAGGUUGUCAACUACACUGUGAAGUUCAUCAAGAAGAUGCAGAGGGACCACAUCAAGAGCUUGGUGCCGAAGCAGCAGGUCACGGACCACUUCAACGAGCACGCACAGGAGUGGUACAAGCACACCGUGUGGAAGGACAGCUGUCGGUCCUGGUACAAGAACAACGAUACUGGUCGCAUCAACGCUGUUUGGCCCGGUUCCUCUCUGCAUUACAUGCGGACAAUACAAGAGCCGCGCUAUGAGGAUUACGAGAUCAAAUACCAGAAUACCCGCAACAUGUGGGCAUUCUUGGGAAUGGGCUUCACACGCGAGAGCAAGACACCGGGCGCGGAUCUGUCGCCUUACCUGAACCUGAAGGAGGUUGACCCGAAGUGGCUCGAAGCAGUUGGUGCCGAUCCCGAUGCACCAAGGAAGGCGAAGCUGGCAGAACUAGCACCUGACGUCUCCUUGCAGCACCCUCGGCCGAAGCAGCACAAGCUCUAA